AUGAGUCGUUAUCCUGGACCACCUGCAUCGUCACAAGGACAACCAAUGUCUUCAGUUGGCGGCUAUCAGUCAUCAGGUAUGUCAACUCAUAUGGCAAGUCCACAAACUGUGCCACCAUAUAGUGUUGCUGUUGCCUCACCAUCACAAUAUGUUCAACAAACAGGUCCUUCACCAAAUCAAACUCAUUAUACUCAUCCAUCGCCUCAGCAGCCGAUGAUGACUGCGCCCGGUUAUGGCCAGCCUAUGAUGCAUGGUAUAAUGCCACCUCAAGCGGUUAUGCAACCACAACAGCCACCACCGCCACAACAACCGCAACAGCAACAGCCACCUCAACCUCAGCAGCAACCUGCACAGCCACAGCAUCCAGUGCAACAGCAAGAUGAUUUAGCGAUUAAAGUUAAACGAUCAUUUAGUAAUUUCGAUACUAGUCUGAAAACAUUCCUACAAGAAUAUUCAUCAGUGUUACAAAUGGAUGAUGCACGAUUAAAUUCUCAAACACCUGAUCUUCUUGCACAAAGUUCCCAGAAUCUCGUCAGACGAUACGAAACUUUACUUGUUGCUCUUGAUUUAUUCGAAUCAAAUUUACGUAUGCUACAAGAUUAUACAUCGACACAGAAUAAUUUCCGUCGAUAUAUGCCACCGCCAACAAUGGUUGCCGAAUCGAGUGCGCAUUCCGGCCAUCAGUCAAUGCAAAUAUCAGCACAUAUUGGCCGGGCUGUUGAUCCUAUUCAAUAUCAGUUUCUUUUGAAUAAAAUGCAAACGCAAAUUGAUUCGUUUAAUGCAUUGCAUGAUCUAGGGAAAAAAUUUCUGGAAGCUUCAUCAACAAAUGUAAAUACAAAUAUAACAACGAAAUAA